AUGGCAACAGGUAUAAUGCCAUCAGGUGCUAAAACAGGUGAAGCAUUUGUACAUAAUCCAAAACUAGCUCAUGAUACAGAAGUACGUGGACAAAUUCGACUUUUAUUUCAAGAUGUUACAGGAUAUAAUGUACAAGUUCAACGUACACUUGUUGCUACACAAAAGAAAACAAAUAUUAGUUUAAGAACUCUUGAAUGUAUUAUUAUUCAUGAAGGUAUUAAUGGUGAACCACCAAUACAGAUAACAUCAAAAUGUAUUGAACUUGAUAAAGAAAUAGUCACAGCAUUUGGUGUAUCGACAGUUAUUGUUGAAAAUGUUAUUUUUUGUCAUCAAGAAGAAUCAAAUUGA